GUUGUUGCUGCUGAAACUGUAACUGAGCACCAUGGACCAUGGGGAUGGGCAGGAGCCCCCCCUGGUGGGGUUUGCGGGUACUGCAGGGAAGUGGGGCAUCACACCGAUUGAGCGGCAGGAGAGCGGCGACCGUUCCCAUGGCGACCGGAGCCGAUCCCGCGACCGGGCAGGCCACACCCGGCAACAGGACGUGGAGAUGAGCGUUGUCGGGGGCGACCCCAGCGCCCCGGAGAGGAGGGAUCGCGGCCACAGAUCGUCCAAACGCAGGAAAAAGAAGAAAAAGCACAAAGAGAACAACGGAGAAGUGAACCCAGCGUACUCCAACAGUGAUGCCGGGGAGAACAGGAACUCUGACGAUGUGGAAACGAUACAGAAUUAUAAUAGAACUCCACAAACCCUGCCGCCAAUCACGAGCACACAUGGAGGUGCAUCACCUAGGCAACCAUCACCAAGGAGACGGGAUGCUCAGGAGGACGUGAUAGUGCCGAUCGAUGUAGAGCCGCUGCAGGGAAAGUGUGAUGUUGUGGAUGUGGGAGGGGGGCGGAACUUUUUGGGCUCACUCCACAACAUGCUUAUGGGCAGCGGGGAGGAGAGGCAGGCUGCUACUCACCUGGAUAAGAACAAGUUGUCCAGGUUUGUGCGGGAACACAAGGACCAGGGCCUGCAUGAGAGCUCGUUUGGGGAGAUCGAGUUUCUCGGCUUGGGCGGCUACACGCAGAGGUCACCGUACAUCCGUGUGAGCCUGAACGUGCGCCCUGAGGCAUUAUGGGAGCUGAUGACCAAACACUGGCAGCUGGAGCCGCCCAACCUGCUCAUCUCCGUCACUGGCGGCGCCAAGAAGUUCCUCCUCAAGGAGCGCCUCAAGAACAUCUUCAAGAUCGGCCUGGUCAAGGCUUCUCAGAGCACAGGUGAGUCAAGGCUUCUCAGAGCACAGGUGAGUCAAGGCUUCUCAGAGCACAGGUGAGUCAAGGCUUCUCAGAGCACAGGUGAGUCAA